AUGCUUCUACUUCUACAAAGUGUUAUUACACUUCUGUUAGCUUCUGAAAAUCUCGUUUGUCAUCCGUUCCUAAGCGAAUUUUCGAUGCUACGUUUCCGUACCACUGCGGAUCUUCAAUAUAUUGAAUUGGCUGUAACAGAAGAGUACCGAAGUAAUUUGCGAGCUAUGAAGAAAAUGAAGAUUGCCUCCUACGGUCUCUUAGUACUUAAUACGAAGUCAACUCUGAUUCUAUUUCUCUGGGUGAGCACAUCAUUCGCAGACAUGGAGUGCGGUGGUGACCUUACAGUUGAUGUAAGAAAACGAAUAAUUGAAACCCAUAACGAGCAUCGUAGGAAAGCCGAAAAGGGAGAAGUAGAGGGCAGCAAAGGGAAGUUGCCUGCAGCUAUGAAAUUAGCUGACUUGGAAAAAGUAUUCAUGUUGCCCGCGAGCUUGGUACCUAGCGCAGGUGAAGAUGCUACGGGUGUUCGUGUCGUGGUUAAAAAAGUCACCGAGGGAUUCCAGGUGACUUCAAACGACUUGGCUAAAGCUGUAAACGUCCGAGACUUUGAGAAGGACAAGGGAAUUCUGGAGGUCGCAGUUUGUGACCUACGGAUCUGGCGUGCACUAUUUAUUCGACCACCGCGCUCUGGGAUUCAGGGAUCAUCAAUGGAUGAAAAAGCACUUAUGGAUGGAAAGUAUAUGGGAAUUGGCUUGUCGAAGAGUGUUAAGGUUUUGGAAGGAGAAGGCCAGUCGUGCAGCGCUUAUGUGGUAACAGACGAUCCAAGGCCGGGGCAAUAUAAUUUAAACACUCAAGCCGCUAUGCAGCCGAUCAAUCAGAAGAACAUUCUCCAGCUGAUAAAGAGAUUAUACGUAAGGACCACUUAUGGAAAGAAAAGAACCUUCCCGAUUGGAAACAUUGCACAAGCGGCUAAUCAGCUGAAAUUCCAAACUGUUGAAGGGACACAAUGUACUGUUGAGCAGUACUUCAAAAAACAUUAUAACAUUGUGCUUAAGCAUCCAGGAAUGUUCACUGUCUCAGAGCGCCAUAGUCCACACACGUAUUAUCCUGUAGAGCUGUUAAGGGUGGCUCCUUCCCAGAGAGUAACCUUACAGCAGCAAACUCCUGAUCAAGUUGCUACCAUGAUCAAGGCAUGUGCAACGUUGCCUCAAAAUAGACUCCACCAAACGAAGCUUCUAAAGGACGCUCUGGAUAUCAAGCCGGGCAAUUCGCGCCUCGCUGUAGCUGGCAUCAGCGUCGAGAAUGGAUUUACAACGGUUCCUGGGCGUGUUUUGCCGCCCCCAUCAAUCAUUUAUGGAGGAAAUCAACUAGUUAAACCGAUAGACAAUUGUAAAUGGAACGGGGACAGAUCGAGAUUCCUCGAGCCAGCCAGGUUAUACAACUGGGCGGUAUGUGCAACGCUAACACCGAAUGACAGUCGUCGCUUGCACAUUAAGGAAUACAUUGCGCGAGUGGAAGGCAGGUGCCGUCAACGCGGAAUGGAUGUGGAACCAUGCUCCGAGAUCUUUAACCUUCAGCGUCAGAAUUUUGAGAGUUUGAAGGAAUGGUACGCUUCUCAGAAAGAGAAGGAUCGCCGGUACCUCAUGUUCAUCACAUCUGACCACAUUAAGCAACAUGAUCUGAUAAAGCUCCUGGAGAUCGAGUAUCAAAUUGUCUCUCAAGAAAUCAAGGGAAGUAAAGUAGAUGCUGUUCUUACUAGGAACCAGAACCAAACUCUUGAUAACGUAAUUGCAAAGAUUAAUGAAAAACUUGGUGGCGUCAAUUACAAUAUUAUGCUCGGUUCUAGUCCUUCUGACAAAGCUAACAAAUGGCUUUCCGAGAAGGACCGCAUGUUCGUCGGAUUCGAAAUAUCGAAUCCUCCGGCUCUGUCGAAGGCUGAAAUCGAACGUGGAGCAGCUUACAAGGUGUGGAAAAUUUAA